CAUCUGAUCUCUUCCCGUUCUUCCUCGUCAACGAUCAUUGUUCAUUCGACAAAUUAUCCUAUUCAACACUCAUUGCCUUUCCAUCUAUCUCUCUCUCCUUCCUUUCCUGCGACACAACAUUUCUUUCUCCUUUCUUUCAAAAUUUCUUUUAAUUCCAUCUUUCGCCAAUUCAUACCCCCAACGUUCACCUCUUCAAACCAUAAAAAAUCACUUACCAAAUCGUCAAGGUGCUUCCUUUUCCUCACCUCUGAUUUCAUAGUUGCCUCAGAAACAUUUCCGCAACUGGGUUUUUCACGAGCUCUAUAACGUGCCGAAUCAGAUUAAGGUCAUGUUUUUCUUAUUGUCGGUAUUACCAAACAACGAUUUAAUACGUGUCUUUUGUGUUUUUUUUCUUCUUUUGUUUUUUCCCGACAAUUUGGCAACUUUAAGGAAGCUAACUUAGUUGUAAUCAUCGAAACAUGCCGUUGCCAGUGAAAUUGACCCUUUUGUUUUUUCUUUCCAUCAUUGCAGAAAAAAUUAAUUUUUGUUUUGUUUGAUGGGUUGAGUUUCUUCAAAUAGCAGAUAUUGUUGGUGUGAUGAGUCUCAACUCUCUAGUAAGGAGCUUGUUGGAUUGAAGAGCUUGUUGGGGUUAGUAGAUGGUUGGUUAUGAAGAGUUCUGGAACUACUGAGUUGAAUACCUUUUACCCCAUUAAACCAGAAUGUCAAGCAGAUGUUCCAGCCACUCGUUUUAAACCAAGGGCUGGCAAAACUCUAAGUCAAAGAAGAUGGCAGGCAUCAUUCUCCCAAGAUGGUCACUUGGAUAUUGCAAAAGUGCUAAGACGAAUACAGCGAGGGGGUGUCCAUCCUUCAAUCAAGGGGGAAGUGUGGGAGUUCUUGCUAGGUUGCUAUGAUCCUAACAGUACACUUGAAGAACGGAAUGAGCUCAAGCAACGCAGGAGGGGGCAGUAUGAUAUGUGGAAAGCUGAAUGUCAAAAGAUGGUCCCAGUCAUUGGUAGUGGAAAAUUUAUUACAACACCCCUCAUUGAUGAUGAAGGCCAGCCAAUAGAUCCUUCUUUGGUAGGCGUCCAGACUUCAGAUAAGAAAGUUGUGCAGUGGAUGCAGUUAUUACAUCAGAUUGGUCUGGAUGUUCAUCGAACAGAUCGAGCACUUGACUUUUAUGAGACUGAAGCUAAUCAAGCAAAACUCUUCCAUGUUCUAGCAGUUUAUGCUUGGUUGGACAAUGAUAUUGGUUAUGUACAAGGAAUGAAUGAUAUUUGCUCUCCUUUGAUUAUUCUUGUUGAGAAUGAAGCUGAUUGCUACUGGUGCUUUGACCGUGCAAUGCGAAGGAUGAGAGAGAACUUCAGGAGCAGUGCAAGUUCAAUGGGGGUCCAAUCUCAGCUGGCUACACUCUCACAGAUAAUGAAAACAGUUGAUCCAAAGCUUCAUCAUCACCUUGAGGAUUUAGAUGGAGGAGAAUAUCUCUUUGCAUUUCGCAUGCUUAUGGUUCUUUUCCGAAGAGAAUUUUCUUUUGCAGAUACUUUGUAUCUUUGGGAGUUGAUGUGGGCCAUGGAAUACAACCCAUACAUCUUCACCAAAUAUGAGGAUCCAGAUCGUGCAAAAACAAAAGGCCCAUCACCUGCAACAAAUAACAAACAUUUGAAGCAAUACGGAAAAUUCGAGAGAAAAAAUGUGAAGACUGGGCAUACUGAGGAAAAUAGUGCACUGUCUGUUUUUCUUGUUGCAAGUGUUCUUGAGAUUAAGAAUAGGCGGAUUUUAAACGAGGCCAAGGGUGUGGACGAUGUUGUCAAGAUCUUGGGCGACAUAACCUCAAAUCUUGAUGCUAAGAAAGCACUUAAUGAAGCACUGAAAAUUCAGAAAAAAUACCUAAGCAAGGCCAAGAAGGCAUGACAAAGACAACAAUAGAUUUUCUGUAACUAUAUGAUGGCAGAUGGCAGCCGUGGUUGCAUGAUCUUCUGAGGUUUCAGUUGCUCUUGACAGAUCAUUGUUUUCUUUCUUUCUUUCUUUUUAGUCUUAGUGAUGGCAAGCAGUCCCCUGCUCUUCCUGUGUUAAUCAUUUGAAAAUCAAAUUAUAAUCUUAUACUUAGGAAAAAAAUACUUCAUUAUUGAUGUCUGGAUAUCCAGAGAACCAGAAUACUUCAUUUUGUGGGAUUCUUUGUUGGGGGGAUUUCAUGUUGUAGAAAUAUUUUAUAGGUAAGGAAGAUCUUUUCUUCCUCAAUGAGGGGACAUUUAUGCUAUCAAAUCAAAACUGAUAAAAUUGUAACGUAUAUAUUUUUAACCGAAGUACAGUUAAAAAUUCAGAGUGAUAUAUAGUACAUACACAAUUCCACAUUUUUCUUAAA